AUGGUUUCAGAUUUGGUCGGAAUAAUAAACGGAUUCCGGAAUAAGCUAAACGUGUUUAAACAUGAUUUGGAAAAGAACAACCUAACACACUUCCCUAGCUGCCUGAAACUAGCAGAAGAACCCAACAGUGAGAAAAAUAUUGACUUUUCAUGCUGCAGUUCACAAAUUCAACAAGUUAUUAAUGAAUUCAAUACACGAUUUAAAGAUAUUGAAAGUCUCAAAAGCAGUGUACUGCUUUAUAAUAAUCCUCUUGGAGCAUCCAUUGAAGAUCAACCACCUGACUUACAACUUGAGUUAUGUGACUUUCAAGCUGACAUGUUCCUAAUCACCAGACAAGAAAAGGGACCUGAAUUUUUUAAAUUGCUGUCUAAGGAGAAAUUCCCAAACCUGCGAGAUUUUGGACUGAAAAUGACUUCAAUGUUCGGAAGCACAUAUAUAUGUGAAAGUGCCUUUUCCUACAUGAAAUACAUUAAAAACCCCAACAGAAGCAACCUUACCGAUUCUACCUUACGUCAUCUCAUGAGACUGUCUACAACUGAACUGGCAGUGGACAUUUCUUCAUUGGUGGAUGAAGCCGAUCGACCACAGUCUUCACAUUAG